AUGGGGCCCUUGCCUAAUCAGGACCAGAUAUUAGUAGUUAUUGAUUACUAUUCACGAUACCAGGACAUACAAUUCUUAAAAAGCACGACAUCAGCUAUCAUAAUAAGGUGCCUUGAUAAAUUAUUUUCCCGUUUUGGAAUACCUAAGUCCAUAAGAGCCGAUAACGGUAGGCAAUUUGUCAGCCAGGAAUUCAAGGACUACUGUGAUCAGAACAACAUAAAGCUAAUACACACUCCACCAUAUUGGCCCCAAGCCAACGGGGAGGUUGAAAAUAUGAAUAGGUCGAUCCUGAAAAGACUCCAGAUAUGCCAUAACAAUAAGCAAGACUACAAAGCGGAAAUUCAGAAAUUCAUCAUGAUGUAUAACGUGACACCACACGGAACAACUGACAAAUCGCCAUCAGAACUUCUGUUUCAAAGAAGAAUCCGUGAUAAGAUUCCAUCGAUUGUUGACAUCAUGGGGAAUACAUCGAUGAGGAAGCACAAGAUGCAGAUUUGGCGAAUAAGGAAAAAAGGGAAGAGAAGGGAAGAUGAAAGCAGAGGUGCGAAACAAGAUUACAUUCGGACGGGAGACAAAGUGGUCAUUCAAAACAUAAUACGGCCCCACAAGUUAACAUCAAGGUUUAACUCAGUUGAAUACGACGUCAUUGAGAGGAACGGAAACGAAUUGAUACUCUUCGGUGAUGGAAAAACAAUUCGUAGGCAUGUCGCCCAUGUCAAGAAAAUUGUCGCUCCAAAUCCUACAGAGAUGGUCCCCGCAGGUAACCAAGAAACAGUCCCAUCCCAAGAAGCGUCUGUACCCACAGCAUCCACGUCAGUAGCCACUCCAGUCCCAUCCGAUUCCAGGGAGCUUGACCCGCCGGGGAGGAUAACCAUGAGGCUGAAAAGAAAGGACGGAAUGUGGCAACCCGCCGGGGGAACCGGCAACAACGCCGAGCCGGUGAUGUGA